AGAAAAGGUAAUAGGAGAAAAUGGCAAGCACAGUAAUGAGCUCAUUGAGCCUAAAGCCAGCUUUCACUUUGGAGAAAACAUCAGUGAAAGGGCUUCCAUCACUUGCUAGAUCUUCUUCUUCCUUCAAAGUUGUGGCUAGUGGUGUCAAGAAGCUUAAGACUGACAAACCCUAUGGAAUUAAUGGAAGCAUGGCCUUGAGAGAUGGCGUUGAUGCCUCAGGCAGGAAGCCCAAGGGAAAGGGUGUGUACCAAUAUGUUGACAAAUAUGGAGCUAAUGUUGAUGGAUACAGUCCCAUCUACAACACAGAUGAGUGGUCUCCAAGUGGUGAUGUCUAUGUUGGAGGUACUACUGGCUUAGCCAUAUGGGCCGUGACCUUGGUUGGCAUUCUUGCAGGAGGUGCUCUCCUUGUCUACAACACAAGUGCUUUGGCACAGUAGAUAUUCUUGUUUUGUACUAUUUUAAGUUGUAUUCCAGAUCGCAUCAUGUAAUCUUUUCAAAAAUACUUCAAAAUAUUUCCUGGCAUCUUGAUUAAUAUGUAAUUGCUGUGAUUUUACUGUGGAUAAUAUUACACCUAAUGUUCCUGUUUUAGGUUCUUAUAA